CAGUAAUGUUAGGACGAGAAGCGAACUAAAUCAUCAAGUGUUGUUUGGCAAAUCUUUCCCAAGAUGUCGUCACACGACUUCGACCAGAUUUCCCCUCAGCAAUCUAGUGCCUCUUCGCUCAUCCGAGAACACGAAAAGCAGGCGGAGAUCCAUUCAUCACGACUCUCAGAACCAGAAUUGGAGUGGGAAAAGGUGUGGGCGACGAAUGAGAAGAAAUCGAUCAAAGCACACAGUUUGUCCACGUUCAGCAGAUGGUGGCCUGAGCUGCUAUCCUGCAUAUUUGCUAUCGGCGUGUUCCUUGGACUCAUCUUGGGGCUGCGUCCAUAUCAAGGAAAAGUACUGUCGUCUUGGCCUCUUAUGAUCACCAUCAAUACCUUUGUGGCAAUAUGUACGCUCUUGAUCAAGAUUUCUUUGGCACUGAUAGUGUCUAAUGGCAUCGGUCAGCUGAAGUGGGUUUGGUAUAGAAAACCUCGCCCCCUUGGGGAUUUACAACAAUACGAUAGUGCCUCGCGAGGAGUGGUUGGAUCCCUUGGCCUCUUGUGGACGCAUCGAAAUGGAAGGCGACUGGUACCAGUCCUAGGGGCGAUUCUCACGAUUAUUCUUACUCUAGUCGAUCCUUUCGGACAAGCAUUGGUCCAACUUGAGGACUGUACCGUAGUCGACCCUUCUGUCAGAAGCACAAUUGCGACCGCGCAUCACGCCAAUCUUUUGGAUCCCGAUCCUUCGAACGUGCAUACCCUCAACGGCGGUGCUAUGGGCCCAAUGAUGAUAGGAAUGCUCAAUGAGAGUCUGAUCCCACCUGUAACAUUCGAUUGCCCGACAGGAAACUGCACCUAUCCAAAUCCAUAUCACUCUUCCGGCUUCUGCUCAAAGUGUAAAGACGUCUCUGACCAAGUGGUGAAAACCAACGAAUCUACUUGGUAUUGGAAGGCCGCAAACAUUACUCUCUCAGUCAACACAGGUUCACAGUAUGUCAGUGGCAACUCAGGUGUCCUCAAACUGGUAGCCGAAAAUAUACCUUCAGUUUCUCCGGUUGCUUCAGUACAAGUCAUGGCGUCUCAGCUCACACAAUGUAAAGACAACUCCACUACCCCAUGGCGUUGCCGGACCUACGGUGCUGCGGUGUGCGAAAUAAACCCUUGCGUUAUCAGUUACACUGGAGAGGUAAAGAUAGGCACUCUCAAAGAGGAAGUUUUGAAUACCUCCGAGGUCUGGUCAUCCGGUGAUGAGAACGACAACAAGUACAUGGGCUCUGUCGAUGUAUCAUGCGUCAAUACGACGGAACGAAACGCUUUACAACAUGCCGGGUUUCACAUCGGCCCGGAUACUCAAUGGCUGGCUUACAACGUGUCUUACUACAGACAAAAUAAUUCCUACAUAGUUGUGAACGAUUCAAUCGUACGCCCGAAAUGUGUUUAUAUGAUUGACGAGCAACAGUUAGGCGCGAUGAGCGCACUGCUUUACAACGAUGCCUUCAUAAACACAGAAGUAUCUACGCUGGUUUCACCAGCUGGAUAUUUUCUCUACGGAGAAAUACAAUGGCAGGCCAUAUGGAAUCGAGGGGUACUGGAAUUUGCCGACGUUCAGCGAGCGUUUGACGGACUGGUCAAGGGCAUGACAACCUUUGGAAGAAGUAAUCCUAUCGAUUCAAGCGAGGGCGGAAUAGGAGAUAGCUUCUGGAACGGAACAUCGUACCGAAACACGACUUGCAUACGGAUCCAAUGGCAAUGGAUCUCGUAUUUAGCAACAGCAUCAUUUGGAGUGAUCGUCUUUUUCAUCGGGGCGAUAAUCAUGACCCGAGCGACACUUGAAGUUAACGGCCAGGACUACAAAACAUCUAUUCUGCCUUUAAUGUUUCAUGGGAUUGCUUUUAGGGAUCCUGAAGCAUCUUUCAAAGACCUCUGGUUCAUGGACGAAAUGGCGGCAGAAGCCGACAAAUUGUAUGUCCAAUUUGAGGCAGCAGGAAGGGGAUGGCAGUUUGUAGAGAAAAAGGUUACCUAGUGGCAUUAUGUUUUUCAAAAGUCAGUUGCAACUUCUCAAUAUAACUGUGCAAGAGUAUUCAAGCGAUCAAGUAGAGUAGUAAAUGAG